CACUGACUGGCAUUGAUAGGUUGCACUGACUGGCACUGAUAGGUGGCACUGAAAGGCAGCUCAGAUGGGCACUGAUAUGUGGCAUUGAUGUGCACUGGUAGGCACUGAUAUGUGGCAUUGAUGUGGCACUGAUUGGUACUGAUAUGUGGCAUUGAUGUGGCAUUUAUGGGCACUGACAGGUGGCACUGCUGGCGCUACACUGAUCAUCAGGGCACACUGAUCAUCAGUGCCCUGAUGAUCUCUGUCAGCAUGACAGCUCAUGAAGAGAGAAAUGCCGAAAACUGGCAUUUCCUUAUUUACAUGCGAUCAGCUGUGACUGGACACAGCUGAUCA